AUGACUAAGGCUAAUAGCUAUCUAAGUAUCUUACAGGAUGACACCAUCCCUUCCUUUGCUGUCAGGAAGAACGACCCUUACAAGCAACCACUUCGAGUUCGCCCAUCGCUACAAGAACAAGAAGUCGUGGCUCUACCGGGUUUGCCACGCUGUUGCCCAUCAAGGCUUCACCAAGCUGCUCGACAACCUGGACAUCGAGUCCUGCUUCCUUUCCAUCAACCCCAAGACCUACCUCUCUCCCACACAGCUGACAACCCAACCCUCCGCGAGGGUAUCGCCACACACGUCUACGCCUGCAAUGCCGACAUGACCAACCAGACCUUCACCAACAGCGAUGGGGACUUCCUGAUUGUGCCGCAGCAGGGUGCUCUAGACAUCCAGACCGAAUUCGGCAUGCUGUUCGUCCAGCCUGGUGAGAUUGCCGUCAUCCAGCGUGGCCAGCGCUAUAAGGUCAACCUUCCAGACGGCCCUCUCGGUGCCAACGGCUUGGCCAACCCCCGCGAUUUCCUCCACCCGGUGGCCAAAUAUGAGAUCCAGACGGGGGUCGGAUGGCGCUCUAUCUAUAAGCUGGGCGGGCGGCAGAUUUUACUACAGCAAGCAACGGCACUCUCCCUUUGA